UCCUUAUUUAGAAAUAUUUGCUUCAUUUUUUUUCUUGUCUCUACUGUCUUCCUUCUCCUUUGUUCCCUAUCUCUUUUGAACAUUUUCUUCCCAUUUGCCAGUAUCUGUUAUACAUUUUGGUCCUUAGCCUUUUGGUUUCUCACAUCAGGGAAACAAUGCAGUUUUUAAAUGUGUGUCUGAUUUAUUUCACUUAAAAUAGUCCCAAGAUGUAUCCAUUUAGCUAGAAAUGUCUCAAGCUUUUUAUGUCAAGGUAAGUACCCUGUGUAUGACAAACCACAUAUUUAUAUGUUCAUCAGUUGGUGGGCAUUUGGGCGGUUUCCAAAUUUAGCUGUUACAGACUGCUGUAGCUGUGUAUGACACUAAUAAUUCUUUUGGGAAGAUAACCAAGAAAGGAAAUAGAACCUCUAGUUCUAGUUUAAGAAAUCCCCACACUGAUUUCCACAGUGGUUGUACCAGUCUGCCCUUCCAGUAACUGGAAAAAUGUUCUUUUCCCCCAUACUUCCACCAGCAUUGGUCAUGUAGCUGAUUUCUCUUUGUUUUUGAGACAGGCUUUCACUGUGUAGUACAGGCCAGACUUGAAUUUGCUUAUGCAGCCUUGAUUGGCCUCAAACUCACUGAGCUUCUGAGGCAGCCUCUGGGAUUAUGAAUGUACCACUACACUGGCUGGCUUGCUCUCUGGAGUGAGAUGCAAUCAGCAUUUUAAUUUGCAUCUCUUGAAUGGCCAAUGAUGUUGAACAUUUUUUCAUAUAUUUUAUUUGCUGUUUGUACUACUACAUCUGAGGUAUCUGUUCAUUCCAAUGGCUAUUUUCUAAGUGGGUCUUUAAAUUGGGGGGGGGGUUUCCUGAUUUUUUUGAGAUCUUGUUCUAGGUAUUAGUCCUUUUUCUGAGGAACAGCUGGCAACAUUGUUUUCUCACACUAUGGGCUGUCUCUUUACUCUUGUGUUUUGUUCUUCUGCUGGUUGGCACCCACAGUUUAAGGAGAGGUUUAGUUUGGCUCACAAGUUUUGGAAGUUACUGUCUAUGGCCAGAGGAAAACUGCUGUUCAAUCCCAGGAAGCAGAGAAGUAACCAGAGCAAGAGAGCAACCUCCAAAGGCACCCCUGUGACCACCUCCUCCAACUAGGCCCCACCUUCCAGCCGUGGAUUAAUUUGGAAGAAAAUUGAGGCUUGCAAGGUAACUUGCCUAGAGUCAUGUUGCUGCGUCAAGCCAAGCUCCCAGCCUCUGACACAGGCUGGAGAUGAUGAGAAGAACCAGAAGACAAUCACCAUCAACCCUGCCCACAUGGGGAAGGCCUUCAAGGUCAUGAAUGAGCUGCGGAGUAAGCAGCUGUUGUGUGACGUGAUGAUUGUGGCAGAAGAUGUGGAGAUAGAAGCCCACCGUGUGGUCCUGGCAGCCUGCAGCCCUUACUUCUGUGCGAUGUUCACAGGUGACAUGUCUGAGAGCAAAGCCAAGAAGAUUGAAAUCAAAGAUGUAGACGGACAGACACUCAGUAAGCUGAUCGACUAUAUCUACACUGCUGAAAUUGAGGUGACUGAAGAGAAUGUGCAGGUGCUACUCCCAGCAGCCAGCUUGCUACAGCUCAUGGACGUCAGGCAGAACUGCUGUGACUUCUUGCAGUCUCAGUUGCAUCCCACCAAUUGCCUGGGCAUCCGCGCAUUUGCAGAUGUGCAUACCUGCACGGACCUUCUACAGCAGGCUAACGCCUAUGCAGAACAGCACUUUCCAGAGGUGAUGCUGGGGGAAGAGUUUCUCAGCUUGAAUUUGGACCAGGUGUGCAGCUUGAUAUCCAGUGACAAACUGACUGUUUCUUCAGAAGAGAAGGUAUUUGAAGCUGUGAUUUCAUGGAUCAAUUAUGAGAAAGAAACUCGUUUGGAGCACAUGGCGAAACUGAUGGAACACGUCCGACUUCCUCUCUUGCCUAGGGACUACCUAGUCCAGACAGUGGAAGAAGAAGCUUUGAUAAAGAAUAACAACACCUGUAAGGAUUUCCUCAUUGAGGCCAUGAAAUACCAUCUGCUCCCUCUGGAUCAGAGGCUCUUAAUUAAGAACCCCAGGACCAAGCCCAGGACUCCAGUCAGCCUGCCCAAGGUCAUGAUUGUGGUUGGCGGCCAGGCGCCCAAGGCAAUCCGCAGCGUGGAGUGCUAUGAUUUUGAGGAGGACCGGUGGGACCAGAUUGCUGAGCUUCCCUCCAGGAGAUGCAGAGCAGGUGUGGUGUUCAUGGCCGGCCACGUGUAUGCUGUGGGCGGGUUUAAUGGCUCGCUGCGGGUGAGGACAGUGGAUGUGUAUGAUGGUGUGAAGGACCAGUGGACAUCCAUUGCCAGCAUGCAGGAGCGCCGGAGCACGCUGGGCGCAGCGGUGCUCAAUGACCUGCUCUACGCGGUGGGCGGCUUUGACGGCAGCACCGGCCUAGCGUCGGUGGAAGCCUACAGCUACAAGACCAACGAGUGGUUCUUUGUGGCCCCAAUGAACACACGGAGGAGCAGUGUGGGUGUGGGCGUUGUGGAGGGGAAGCUGUAUGCCGUUGGGGGUUACGACGGGGCUUCCCGCCAGUGCCUGAGCACCGUGGAGCAGUACAACCCAGCGACCAACGAGUGGAUCUAUGUGGCCGACAUGAGCACGCGCCGCAGCGGUGCAGGGGUUGGAGUGCUCAGCGGACAGCUGUAUGCCACCGGUGGGCAUGACGGGCCCUUGGUGAGGAAGAGCGUGGAGGUUUACGACCCUGGAACAAACACUUGGAAGCAAGUGGCCGACAUGAACAUGUGCCGGCGCAAUGCAGGGGUCUGUGCAGUGAAUGGGCUCCUGUACGUGGUCGGAGGGGACGACGGAUCCUGCAACCUGGCUUCGGUGGAGUACUACAACCCUGUUACUGACAAAUGGACCCUGCUGCCAACCAACAUGAGCACGGGGCGGAGCUACGCAGGUGUUGCUGUGAUUCACAAGUCCUUGUGACCCAAAUCCUCACUGGCAGGAGAUGAAGGAUGAUGUGGGUACUACCUGUGACUUGGAGCAGCAGGAUCCUAGCAACUGGAUGCAGGUCACUACACGGGUCCAUGGUGGUGUGAGAACCACUCUCCUCUGACUUGGCAGACUGGCAUUGUCCCUUGCAGUAUGGACACUGGUGACCCACCUCCUGCUUCCCUGAGGUGCUUUGUCUCAGCCCCGAACAGUGACUUUCCUGACAGCCCCAGCAGCACCUUUGGGUUUUUUCCCUUUUUUUUUUUUUUUUUUUUUUUUGGUAUUUAUGUAGGGAUAACAGAGAAUCUAGAACUCGCGUGCACAUCUAUGCAGUGCACAUGUGUGUGUUUAUGUAUAAAAUGGAUGUUUUCACUCAGCUGUGGGUUGGGGAGGUAUGGUAAUCUACUGUAUUUCUUUACUACUGAUCCUUUCACUAUGCUGAAAAUCAAAGAACAGGAACCUUUCUUCUGGAUUUGUCUCAUGGGGACCCUGAGAAGAUUAAUGCUGCUGUCUCCUGGAGAUCCAGUCGAACAGGUUGGAAUAUCCCAGAAGUUACCCACAAGAGGGCUGUUCGGUGAUCAUGCCCACAAACAUGACCUGACUACUGUAACUCUGCUUGCAGAAGAACUAAAGCUUUCUUGAAGCUGCUCCCUGGCCUCCGUGUGCUGGACCAGGGAGAAGACAGGUUCCCAUGGUCUUCAUAGCUGCCCUUUCGGAGUUCUUCUCUAGGAAGCUUUUCUCUAGGAUCCAGCCAGUCUUCUGCCUGGCUCUCUGACUUUUGAUGUCAUGGAUUCCAGGUUUGGAAGGUUUUGUUUGUUGAGCAGGGGAAAAAAAAGUGAACUCUUCAGAGUAGCCCCAGGUAACACACUGGAGAAAAAAAUGUACAAGAAGAAAACAAAAAAAUCAAGGUAAUGAGGGUUCAGUCCCUGCUUACAGUGAUCUUAGGGAGGGAGACCACUAAUGGGUUUUCCCAUGAUGUGACAGCCCCUAUUUGUACUUAUUUUCCAGGCCUAAUUAUUCUAGCACCCCAUUUUACUUGCAAAUUUCUGGCUUGGAGGAUAUGUAAAAGGUCACCCACCAUCCCAGAGAUAAGUUUGUCCAUGGGGUCAUGUGUGAUUCAUUUGGACACAGAUGACUUCAAGGGACUAUAUUAGCUGAGGCUAGCCCUUGGCACUUUGUGAUGAAGUCAGAUGUGUCUUGCACCCUUAUCAUCCUCUUGUGCUUUCCCCCAAUUUCAAAGUGUGUACCCCUCCCCAAACUGCAGACAUCCCUUCCCUUUGCUUGCUCUGUUGGGGGGGAGAUAACCGUGGGCCCUGGGUUUGACAUCUCAUUCAAGAAUACUUGGAUUUUAAAAGAGAAAUUUGAUAGAUCAUUACCAAUGAUAGAAAGUCAAGCAGCUGGAUGGGAAAUUUGAGGGAGCAUUAGGUCAUUUGCAUUUUUAAAAAGACCCUUCAAUGUGUACAAUUCCUAAGCUAGCAAAUUGCUUAUGCUGGACUUUUCUGUCAGAGGAGGGGAAUCUUGUGUGUCACAUCUUGGAGUCUGGGGUUAACUCUCUGUGAUGUCAAGGGCCUGCACUUUGUGAACCCUGAUGUUAGACUUCUGAUACACUUUUAUGUGUUCUAGGCAGAUUCUGCAGGAGAUUGACAUCCCUCUUUUCCCUACUUCUGCCCUGUAGAAACCUAGGAGACUACUGGGCUCCUUAGCUACUUGGCCACUUUGAGUAUUUACUGUAUAUUACAUACUGUUGCGUUCCUCUCCUGAGAAUGGAACUUCCCUUCCUAAAUUUAAGCACAUGUUGUUUCAGCAAGACAUUUGAAGAGCAUUAAAGAACCUAGGAACUUGGUAUCCUUGAGAAGAGGCCAAGAUAUUUAGCUUGAGUGCACCUAGAAGAAAUGCCUUCAGAGGAAUCAAGGCAUGCUUGAAUUAACUGCUCUGGUCUCACCUGGCUGCAAGGAUGGCUGUGAUUUCAGAGCUUCGCCUGGCUCUGAGUUGGAACUUUUUGUCCCCGAUGUCCUUCCUCCAUCUCCAAGGAAAUUUUGAGGUUGGUUGGCAAGUGCAUGUGAUGAGGAUGAGGUUGAGGAGUCUGGUGUGUGGAUGACACACAAGAUUUCCAUUUUCGAUACAAGGUUAAUUCCUCAUCCUCUUCCCCACGAUGGAGAAACUAGGCUUUUCUGUUUAGGUGGGAAAGCUAGUUUCACGUGUCAUUGUCCCAGAAAAGAUCCCUCCCUUGGAAGCUUGCCAACCGUGUUUUCCAUCUUGGAGUUUUUGCUAUUGCGCCUACCUUGCAUCUCUCUUCCAAAGAGGCCUCUCCUCUGCUGGUGGUGCUGCAGGGGCCAUGUUCAUUUCAUCUUCAUGCAUCCUUUCUCAUGGGGACUAGAAUACUGGUAUGUCAUCACAGAAAUGUCAAUCUAUUCUAGCUGUCCACAGAUCCCAUCCCAAAGUUACUGUUCCUUCAUCCCCAGGUGCAGUUUUCUCUUCACGGUACCUACAUCAGACUUUCAAGUCUAUGCUGGUCACAUGGUAGUGAGGCCUCCCUUCCCUGCCCCUAUUAGGGUGGCCUCUCCUGCUUAUGAAUGCAGCUUUGCCAGUGGCGUAUCUGAAAUCUGAUUGCAGCGGUGAAAUGGAAUUGAGGCCCAAGGUUAGAAGCAGCCUAGACGCCACUGGGAUACUGAUUUGGACAACAUAGAAGUCGGCUUCUGAAUCCAAAGUCAUUUCUCAUAAGUACCCAAUGGCAUGUCUCCAUCUAAAAAAUUGCAGUAUUAUGCAAAUGAAGUGACCUCAUUUUCUGCUAUGCAAUAAGAAUCCUUAAUUCUAUUACAUGACAAGCCAGUCACAAUAUCCCCUAAGAUGCUUUUUGAGCUUUUUGAUAUUUGUUGUGUAAUAUUUGUAUAUUUCUGAGCCAGAUCCUUUCAAAGAUUGCCUUUUUAUAAAACUGAAGCUCUAGCUUUCAGGCUAAAAUUGUAGAUAUUUUUAUAAGAUAAUUUUUUUCAAAAUAUAUAAAUUGCUUUUUAUGUCCAUGUUAAUGAAAUGUUAUGGUGUAUGUGUCAUUCACUCUCACACACAGUCCGUGCCUGUAGCUCUCUUUCCCUUGUCCCCCUCCCUCCCCUCAAAAAAAAAAAUUCAGAUAUUUCAGGCACUCCAGGUAGAUGAGUCUUCUUUUUCAUACUGUAUUUAAGAGAGACUGCUGAAUUGAAAAGCACAGUCACUGGUGUGUCUUGAAUUGCCAGGGACUAAUGUUAAGCUAGAAGUCAGCAUCUACUAGAUGCUAUACUGCUUGUUGGUUCAUUUGUCUGAAAUGCUCAUCUCUCCAUUUGUUAAUUUUAUCGAAUUUGCUUUCUGAGGAAUGAGGCUGGGUGGUCUGUCUCCUCUUACUGGCACUGAGCCUGGCAUAUGGUAUUGUAGAACAGCCCCAGAGAAGAGCUUGCUGUCUGGCCUGUGUUCCUUGGUUCCUGGACUCAGCAUCCAUUCCUCAUUUUGCUUUUGUCUUUUUGUUCUUCUGAAACUUUCUCUACCCAAGACCUCUGCUGCCAGGUGAUGUCUCUUUUGGGAGCAUCCAUUGCUGUGCGUUAGGAAAGGGGUCAAUCCCAGUCCCUGUGAAGUGCACAUUAAGCUUGUGCUUUGCGGAUAUGCUCGCGCUACAUCUCCGAUUUGGCUCUUGAGGUGUCUUCAUUCCAGGGUCUGUUCUGGGUAUUUAUCUGCCAUCAGCCUUGUGCUUCUAAAACACAUCUGUCUUCUUACUGUUGGGACAGGUGCCAUUUGAAUUGCCUCCAUGCUCCCUAUUUACACCUACUUGGAUCAAGUUGGGAGGCUGAGCAAACUCAUAUCCCAGCUUUUAAGGCUCUGUUUGCCUGCAGAAACAAGAUUGGAAUGUAUUUUUUUUGAAUGUUUGUACUGUAGAGAAGCCUAAGCCUCUCAUGUUCAAAUGUGUUGUUUUUCUACUGACCAAGAGGAAAGCUGGCAGCUCUUCUGAAUGGGAAUGGAAGAGGCUUCUCCCAUAGUGGAUGAUCACAGCCUCGUAGCCCUUGUGCAGCCUGUGUCAUGGAACUCAGUGACUCAUGGAUACAGCACCAGUCAUGGCAGGAAUAUGUGGAACUGUGGCAUUUGCAGAAACAGAUUGCCCUAGUGCUACGUCCUUGCCUUUGGUUAUAAAUUGUAAAUUAUUUUCUCCUUUUUAGUGGCAAUAAAAAACCCUUAUUGGGCUUAUUUAAUUUGUAUGUGUAAAAUACUUUCUUUGGAAGAAAACUUAAGGCCCUGAAUGUGUAUGUGUGUGUGGGUGCUCUGUCCCCAUGCUUGUCACAAGCAGUCAAACUGGAUCAUUGACACCCUGUACAAUGCAUUGCACAGGGAAGAUUCAUGAUCUAGUGUUUUCUGCAUGGAUGCUGGGGAUGUCUAUCUUGUAAAAGAACACUUGUCACAUGCUCGAUCAGUCACAGUGAUAGCUGAAGAAACAUUUCUUCAAAUGUAUUAUUUUAAACAGAAUCAUGUUCUGGUUUCCCAUAUUGAAUGUUUAAUUUUAAUAAAAGCUAAACUGUGCAAA